UACAGAGCAAGAAAAAAUAAACUUAAUUUUUCUUACGAAAAAAUCUUAUAGACUGGAAAAUAUCUUGUUUUUAUAUGCCUUGUCAGAAAGUAGUAUGUCUGCGUUUGGUUUCCAUGAAUGAAAAGUAAUUGCCUUUACUUAAACUAAUUGAUGAAUAAGGUUAAUUUAUUUCAAAUGUAUUUUACAACAGAUAGAUCUUAAUUAACGUUUGAUACUUGUACCAAAAUUAAGCUUUUUUACCGCUUUCUUAAACACAUUAAAGUUGCUUGCAAGUUUGGACACAUGACUUAAAUAAGAAGCAUACUUUUAACUGAAGCGUUAUAUAGCACCUAGAGCAAAUAUAAAUUGCAGAAAAUUAGUGUUUAAUGUAAUCUUUUUAUUUAACAUAUAACAGAAAAGUUACACAGCCGAUAUUCAUUAAAACUUCUCGAUGCUCCUGAUAAUUUAAAGGAUUUUCAUAUCAUUAACAGAAUUGUGCAUCAUUUUCCACAUGAUCUCAGUUACCGAUGUUAACUUAGGGACGGAGAAUUCUCCAGUCUCGUCUUUCCCAAACCUGAAUUCUUCCAUACUGUCCACUAUCGACUAUUCCAUAACUAACGGGAGUGUCCACCGCCACGAGGAAUUCAUCGAAAUAUUCGAAGUACCCGUUGGGAUUGUUGCAUUCUUGUCCGUCUGCUACGGUGCUGUGUCUCUGGUGGCGGUGAUCGGUAAUGCCUGCGUGCUGUGGGUUGUAGCCUCUCGCAGAAGGAUGAGAACAGUCACCAACUACUUCAUCAGCAACUUGGCCCUUGCGGACAUCGUCAUCGGACUCUUCGCUGUUCCUUUCCAAUUUCAGGCUGCUUUACUUCAGAAAUGGCUCUUACCAGCAUUCCUGUGUGCAUUCUGUCCUUUCGUGCAAGUACUGUCUGUCAACGUAAGUGUUUUCACUCUCACAGCCAUUGCUUUUGACAGAUACAGAGCUGUGCUUCACCCGUUGAAAAGAAGAGGAACUUCCAAACUUAGUGCCAAACUAACUAUUCUAGGUAUAUGGCUGGUAGGAGCCAUAGCAGCUGCUCCAUACGUAGCAGCUUUCCGUGUGACGUCUGUUUUUAAUCCAGAGACCGGUGACUACACCAGACCUUUCUGUACAAACACUCGUAUAUCGCCCACAGUGUGGGGAAUAUAUAAUUACCUUCUGGCCACCCUCCAAUACGCUCUUCCUUUGUGUCUCAUAAGUUUCGCCUAUGGAAGAAUGGCUCUGAGACUUAGAGGUAACGGAGGAUUCAUUAAAGCUCCCAGAGACGAAGUUAUCUUGAAGAACAAAAAGAAGGUUAUUAAAAUGCUGGCCAUUGUAGUUGCACUGUUUGCAGUAUGUUGGCUGCCUUUCCAGACAUACAAUGUACUCCAAGAGGUGUUGCCACAGAUCAAUGAGUACAAGUACAUUAACGUCAUUUGGUUCUCUGCCCAUUGGCUUGCUAUGAGCAAUUCAUGCUACAACCCAUUUAUAUAUGCCAUAUACAAUGUAAGUACCGUUUUCUAUAUUCCUUUUUUUAUGCUUUAUUGUUGCUAA